AUGAACCUCAUGGAUACAAACAUUCAGUGUCAGUGUCAGGACAGAGCCAAGAGGAGGAGGAAGAGGGAGACACAGACAGAUAGAAGAUACUCCCAGAGGGAAGAAGAGGAUAAAAAGAUGCUGAUUUCUCUCCUUAAAAGCCCCCUCGGCCAUCAUCAUUAUACCAUCCGCUUUCGUCAGCUGUUAUGUCCAGACCCCACCUGUGAGGUGUGUAAUGAUGCAACUGCUAAGAUGGAUCAGCUGCUGUCCUCAUUGGCCCUGGAAGAUGCUACUCUCUCUGUGUCCCUUUUGGCUUCUGCAUCUCCUGUGAUUGAGCCAUCAUUCAUCCAUUCCCCACCUUCUCAGCAGUCCCUCCAGGAGAUCUAAUAUCACCUCAUCUGCCUGAGCAUUUCCCAACACACUCCUCCAUUCUCUCCCCUAAACCAGCGACUUCCUUUGGUCAUUUCCCAUUAAAAUCAUCGCCAGCUCACACUCUGCCAGCAGAUAUUUUACCUCCCAUGAUAGCUGAAUUUCCAGUGCAUCAUCAUUCUUAUCAUAAACCUUUUCCCUAGCACCUGGUACUAAGACUACGGGUGCUGCUGUUCACCCAGAAGCCUCUGACCCUGAAGAUCAUCUUUGUUGACUUCUUUAUUAACCAAG